AUGAUCCGGGAGUACAUCGUGGACAACAGCCACCUUCAAGCGUCAACUCCAGGCUUGGGCUAUCGGAGGACCAAAUCCUCAUCGGCCAGGGUGGAGAACGCUUGGGAGCCCUGGGGGAAGGUGGUCAAGGGCGUGGAUGAAGGAGAUUGGUUGAGAGUUGGACAGCUCUUCCUGCCAAAAUCCUUGGGCGGCUUUGCAGUCCUUCACUCCAAGGGCAGCAAGAAACGGGUGGCCAAGAACGGUGCAGCCCCACAGUAUGUUGACUGCUUGAUGACUUGGCCGACCUGUUCGGACUUUGCGGCCCUGGAAGCCGAGUCCUCGCACUGCUCCGCUAGUUCUUCGGUGCGAAGCACGGGCGAGGCAAGCGCACAUGAAGCACCCAGGAAGAUUCCCAUCUCUGAAGUUUGUAGCGCGGUAGCCAUGGCCGCAGCCUGCCCCUCGCACGGCAGGGGAUGCUCAGUGGGGAGCAUGGCGCUGGCAAUAUUUGGAUCAGACCGGCAGCGUGCCUUGGCGAAUGUCGAAGGGAUGGGCAUCAGGUUUCAGGGAAAGCCGCCCAAUGACCCUGGAACUUCAGUAAUUUCAUAG